AUGCUUGAAUUUUUUGGGGACUGGAAUGCAGCUAGCGCGUAUUUCUAUCUGCCCAUCGACGAGGAGAACGAUGCCUCAAGUUCGACGGUAUCCAAGCAAAUAUCAUGGAAGGAGGGCCAAUCGGGAGACGUGAAAGGCUGCGCGCCAUCUGACUCUGCUUCCGACGCGCGAGCACGCCCAACGUCGCGUAAGACGGCUGCGAUAGACGACGUCCUGGCUCGGAAUGAUCUGUAUGAGGUCCUCGGCAUACCCAAAUCCAAGGCAGUCGAUAGACUGGCUCUACGUCGAGCUUAUCUAUUGAGAAGCAAAGAGUGCCAUCCAGAUAAAUUCCCAAACAAUCCUGAAGCCACUCGCGCUUUCCAGAAGGUUUGCAUAGCAUACGAUGUUCUAAGCAAGCCCUCCUCGAAGCGAAUAUACGAUUCGUGUCGGAGUCCUCAGGACUUCUUCAACGCACGUCCGCCGGGCUACUCUGAGCAAACCUUCCGAGGGGUGGUCAUCGGCGUCUUUAAUGACUUCUUGGACGGAGAUCUGGAAAUGGUCCGGACUCUGCUGAGAUCUGUCAAUGAUAUUAAUCCAUCCCUACGAUUAGGGGAGGAAACCGUGAACGCAGUUUUGUCGACCCUACACAAUAUACGCGAACGAGCUCUCACUUGCCGAACGUGUAUCCUAGCUCUCCAUGCUGAGCUUGGCCACCUUCUGGAAGUCCAACACGCCUUCCGCCAACUCUCCUAUUUCGACCUCAUGGGCCGGUCACGCCUUACUGUCCAAUUAGCCCGCAUUACCCUCAGCAUGCCGAUGGCCAUCGAACGCGCCAUACAAGAGCAAGCACUUCUUUCAGGUGCAGAUAUCAAGAAUGAGAAAGCUCUGAUCCCUCGACCGGUAGGGGCAGUGAUCCGCAGCGUUGUCCUCGUCCUCGAGCGCUUGGAGCGCAUCCUAAAGUAG